AUGCUGUGGGCUUUGAUGGGUCAGUUUAGUUAUUUUUUAUCUCCAUUAGAUAACUGCGAAGUGAGAAGGGCCUACGAAGUCUUCCAGAGAUGCGAAGAGAGAGUGAAGGGCAAAUCGUACACGGCCGAAACCUGUGAAGAAGAGAUCAUAGAUUUGAUGGAGUCAUUAGAUCACUGCGUAGCGGAUAAGGCGUUCGAGAAAACUGUU